AUGCAAUUAUCAUUUCUAAGAUAUCAAUCGAUUCAAUUUUCUUCAUGUUCAUUACCAAUACUACGUCAUCUAAAUUCCAAUACUUUCAAUAUUCAAACUCAACGUUGGAAUAGUGUUAAAAGUGGUUCUAGUAAUAGAAAAACUGGAACCAAGCAACAUACAAUUAUUGAUGCUUGGGGUCAACACCCAACAUUGCGUCACAUUCAAGAUCCAAUAUUUGAUAGUUUACGCCGUUGGACAAAAGGAUUGACUAUCACUGAAACACCAAAUAUAUCGUCAACAGUAGCUGCACUUGAUGCUGCUGGCGUUGAUCGCAUGUUAAUUAGUGCGUGGUACGCUCCCAACAAUAUAAUGAUUUCUAAUGACGAAGUGUUUGAUUUUGUUUCUCAAUCAAAGGGACGAUUAGUUGGUGUUGGUUCAGUUGAUAUUACUCGACCUAUGUUGGUUAUGCGUGAAAUUCGUCGAUGUGUUGAAAAAUUUGGUUUUAAAGCUAUUCGUGUUCUUCCAUGGCUAUUUCAAGUACCACCAACUGAUCGACGAUUUUAUCCAGUAUAUGUGGCAUGCUGUGAAAUGAACAUUCCAUUUUGUACACAAAUAGGACACACGGGCCCUUUAAUGCCAUCGGAAGUUGGUCGUCCAAUUUAUCUUGAUCAGGUAGCACUUGAUUUCCCGGAUUUGACAAUUGUUGCAGGUCAUAUUGGAUAUCCAUGGACUGAUGAAGCGAUUGCCGUUGCUACUAAACAUCCCAAUGUCUAUAUUGAUACUUCUGCGUAUACUAUUCAACGGUAUCCUCCUGCUCUGAUUGAAUAUAUGCGAACUCAUGGCCGUAGCAAAGUUCUAUUCGGUAGCAAUUAUCCAAUGAUUCCUCCUGCUAAAGCUCUCGAAUGUCUUGAUGGUUUAGGACUUGAUGAAAAGGCUCGUGCUCUUUUUCUUAGUCAAAAUGCUGCACGUGUUUUUCGCAUAUGA